UUGCCCUCUGCAUCCUGACCCAUAAGGCUAUUAUUAGAUUCUCAACCUGGAUGUAAAAUACAGCAACAUGAUUGUGCUCGUAGACCUAUUGUUGAUGCUCAUAGAUGUAACUAUCUCCAUUCUCAGUGCCAUAGUCCAGACUGUCAUACGGCCGCGGUUGAAGUGCAUUGAUGGAGAGCUCUGUCUAAUCACAGGGGCCGGGGGGGCGCUGGGUCGUUUGUUCGCUCUGGAGUUCGCCAAAGAAGGGGCGCAUCUUGUUCUCUGGGACUGUAAUGCUGAUGCCAACAAGCAGACCGCUAAACUUGCUCGGGAACUGGGUGUCAAGGUGCACACCUAUACUGUGGACCUUGCGCGCCGGCAGAACAUUUAUGAAACAGCGGAGCUGGUCCGACGCGAGGUAGGGGAUGUCACUAUAGUGGUGAACAACGCGGGGGUGGUAUCCGGACGGAGGCUGCUGGACUGUCCGGAUGAGCUGCUGGAGAGGACUCUUUUGGUGAACUGCCAUGCGCUGUUUUGGAUGACCAAAGCCUUCCUGCCUCAGAUGAAAGCUAAGAACCAUGGCCACAUGGUGACCAUAGCGAGUGCCCUGGGCCUCUUCAGCACAGCCUGCGUGGAGGAUUACUGUGCCAGUAAAUUUGGGGCUGUCGGUUUCCACGAGUCAUUGACCCAUGAGCUGCAGGUGGAGGGUUUGGACGGCAUCAAAACCACUCUGGUCUGUCCUUACAUCGUGGACACGGGGAUGUUCGCUGGCUGCGAGAUCAGGAAGGAGCUGCAGGGCCUGAUUCCUCCCCUGGAUCCCCUCUACACGGUGCAACAGUCCAUGAACGCCAUCCUGGGAGAGCAGCACAUGAUCUGCAUUCCACGCCUCAUGUAUCUUCCCUUUGUCUCGCGGGCUCUGCUGCCGUGGGAGGCCAACGUGGCGACGUACCGCUUCAUGGGCGGUGACAAGUGCAUGAUGCCCUUCAUUAAGAACAUGGAGCAGAGGACCGCCAAUGGCCACGUCAAAUCCUCCUAAGGCCCCUGCUGUCUGACUGAAUGACUGCCAUUCGCAAAUGAAUCAACGGACCACUUCUACACACCACAUGCUUAUGUGAGAAUCUGGCAAAA